AUGAAGUCCGCUUUGGCAUUAGCUGUGCUUGCGCAGCUCGCUCUUAGCGAUGCUUACUCUAUCUUCGAUGUGCUUCGAGUUAGAGAUUCUAAAGCCGAAGAGCUUGAGGCUCCUCAACUUCACCUUUUCAGAGCUCGUGGUUUCUCAAACGAGACAUCUGAAAGUGAGUUAUCUACCUCUCUGUGGAGUAACUCUACUUACAGUGAAGUCAGCAGCACUCCUUUGAUUUCUUCAGAACUCUCAUCGGUGUCCUCAACACUUGCAGGCGAGUCUUCUACUGAAGGCACCAUCUCAGAAACUUCUACCGAGACUUCUGUUGAAACUUCGGCUGAGACUUCGGCUGAGACUUCGGCCGCCACUUCUGGUGAAACUACUUCUGAGACUUCGGCCGCCACUUCUGCGGAGACUUCUGCUGAGACUUCUGCUGAGACUUCGGCUGAGACUUCUGCUGAGACUUCUGCUGAGACUUCGGCCGCCACUUCUGCGGAGACUUCUGCUGAGACUUCUGCUGAGACUUCGGCCGCCACUUCUGCUGAGACUUCUGCUGAGACUUCUGCGGAGACUUCUGCUGAGACUUCGGCCGCCACUUCUGCGGAGACUUCUGCUGAGACUUCUGCUGAGACUUCGGCCGCCACUUCUGGCGAAACGACGUCUGAGACUUCGGCUGGCACAACUGAAACAACAGCCUCGACUGCAGAGUUCCUGCUGAUCACUGCAUCCUCUUCAUCUUCGUCAUUUGAAUCGAUCAGAACUACUAGAGCCACAUCGGUUUCUUUGCGUACAGCACUGCCUAUUGGCAAUCCUGUUCAACCAACAGGUAUCAAUGUUGUUAGCAGCUUGUCUUUCGUAGACACAGCUUCUAAAUCUCUGAAGGCAAGCCCAGAUGGUCUUUUUGCUGUCACUGUGGUUUUGGAGGCUAAUAGUGCACCGGCAAAUGGAGCAGUUUCUCAGUUCACAAUUCCAACCGUCUUGUACGGUUUCGCCCCACUGUUAGAUAUCACCGUUGACGGAGUGACAGUGGCCACUGUGGCUGGUGACUCUGAUAAUGUUUUCACGAUUACAUUUACCGAAUAUUUCUCCACUCAGGGAGGACCAUUGAAAGGACAGUUUUUCUUCUUGGUAAGUUUGAGAUCCUCGCUGCUGCCUCUCAGAAAGCGUGAUGACCAGGAGGUGGAUCUUUCUGUGCCAACAGUGCAACCAUUCGUUUUCGCCACUCCUAGUGGAGACAUAGUCAUUGACUUGAACUUCAGUCCUGAAUCUGCAACCUACCCAUAUGAAAAGUUCAGUGGUGAUCCACUUUCUUGGGAACUUUAUGUUCCUGGUCCAUUUGCUCUGGUUACUGUCUCCACCGGGUCAGAAUUAAACUACAACCUUGACUGUGGUAGUGUUAGCGCAAUCGUUGGUGACCAGUACGAUCCGUUUAAUGUUCUUGUGGCAGGAACUCUGGUACCCACGGAAGGUGAAUGCACGGCUUCUUCCCUUACUGCAAUUUAUGAUACUGCCAUUUCCCAGGACGACACCUUCAAGAUCACUAUUUUGGGUUCCAUUACUGACUCGAGCCAAUCCAUUUAUGCUAACACUUUGACCGUCACUAUUCUCUCCACUUCGGGAGUGUCAACAACAUAUACCUUCUCUACAUCUGCCUUGGGACCUAAUUUCGUCGCACAGAAUGCUAAACUUGUUGCACCUGGAGUAGAUCCACUUCCAACAAAUACCAACAAUGUUCCUGAUGACUCAGGAACCUCGGAAUCCCAGUCUGCUACUGAGACUUCCGAAGCUACCUCGGAAACUUCCGCUACUUCUGAGGAGACUUCUGCCACUUCUGGUGUUUCCUCCGAGGAGACCUCUGCAACCUCUGGUGAGACUUCUGCCACUUCUGGUGAGACUUCUGCCACUUCUGGUGAGACCUCUGCCACUUCUGGUGCUACCUCUGGUGAGACUUCUGCAACUUCUGGUGCUACCUCUGGUGAGACCUCUGCAACCUCUGGUGAGACUUCUGCCACUUCUGGUGAGACCUCUGCCACUUCUGGUGCUACCUCUGGUGAGACUUCUGCAACUUCUGGUGCUACCUCUGGUGAGACUUCUGCAACUUCUGGUGCUACCUCUGGUGAGACUUCUGCAACCUCUGGUGCUACCUCUGGUGAGACUUCUGCAACCUCUGGUGCUACCUCUGGUGAGACUUCUGCAACCUCUGGUGAGACUUCUGCCACUUCUGGUGAGACCUCUGCCACUUCUGGUGAGACUUCUGCAACCUCUGGUGAGACCUCUGCCACUUCUGGUGCUACCUCUGGUGAGACUUCUGCAACUUCUGGUGCUACCUCUGGUGAGACUUCUGCAACCUCUGGUGCUACCUCUGGUGAGACUUCUGCAACCUCUGGUGCUACCUCUGGUGAGACUUCUGCAACCUCUGGUGCUACCUCUGGUGAGACUUCUGCCACUUCUGGUGAGACUUCUGCCACUUCUGGUGCUACCUCUGGUGAGACUUCUGCAACUUCUGGUGCUACCUCUGGUGAGACUUCUGCAACCUCUGGUGCUACCUCUGGUGAGACUUCUGCAACCUCUGGUGCUACCUCUGGUGAGACUUCUGCAACUUCUGGUGCUACCUCUGGUGAGACUUCUGCAACCUCUGGUGCUACCUCUGGUGAGACUUCUGCAACCUCUGGUGCUACCUCUGGUGAGACUUCUGCCACUUCUGGUGAGACUUCUGCAACUUCUGGUGCUACCUCUGGUGAGACUUCUGCAACCUCUGGUGCUACCUCUGGUGAGACUUCUGCCACUUCUGGUGCUACUUCCGGUGUUACAUCCGGUGGCUCGACCAUCCCUACAAGUGCAAGCACUUCGGCCUUGCCAACUGCAGCUCCAAUCUCUAACUCGGCUGUUCCAACCGGUCAAAGUAUUAUUCUGAAUAUUGCUGCUCACAACAACGCAACUAAUGGAGAGAUUUUCAUCAAAAACAACCUCCUUACUAUUGCUGUAACCAUUGAAAGUGAUGGUGUUCUUGGUCAGGGCACCCUGGCUCAGUUUACCCUUCCUCCAGCCUUGUACGGCUACUUGUCCUCAUUCGACCUUUACAGUGCUGAUGGAAGCAUUGUUGGAACCGUUUCUGGUUCUGAUGGUGUGUUCACAGUUACAUUCACCGGUGACUACGUUGCAACGCACAAAGACUUGAGCGGUACUUUCACUUUCAACACCCAGAUUGCUUACCUGUCCUCAGCGCUUCCUAAGCGUGCUAAUGAUGUCAUUGAUCUCAGCGUCCCUAUUGUUCAGCCAAUCAUUAUCAAUGUUCCAGGUAAUCUGUUCACUGUGGAGUUGGUUUACGAGGAUGUCACAUCCGUUGGACCAAAUCAAGAAGUCAAGAUUGGUGAUGUCUAUGUCUUCGUCGGAGAAGCAAUUUCAUCUUCAUCUGGUGUUACUUCUUCUGCAACUGGAACUGGAGGAAGCACUGCUACUUCUGGCGGUAGCGCUGCUACUUCUGGUGGUAGUGCUGCUACUUCUGGCGGUAGUGCUGCUACUUCUGGUGGUAGUUCUGUGACUUCUGGUGGUAGCGCUGCUACUUCUGGUGGUACUACUGGAACUUCUGGUGCCGGAACUGUCACUGUCACCGAUACCCUGAAGGUCCUCAUCACUGUCACUUCAUGCUCCCACAAGAAAUGUACUGCUGUUCCAACCAUCGCCAUUGAGUCGAAGUACACUACCACUUUGUUUGGAACUGAAGUGGUUUACACAACCUACUGUCCAUUGCCAACUGAAAGCGAGGAGAAGGUCAUAACUGUAACCGUGACUUCAUGUUCCGAGAAUAAGUGUACCUCCAAGCCUUCGCUUGCCAUUGAGUCGGUUGCAACUGUUACCAAGGAAGGAACCGUCACCACUUACACCACAUACUGUCCACUUAGUACCGGUACGUCUGGUUCCUCUGGUUCCUCUGGCUCCUCUGGUUCCUCUGGUUCCUCUGGUUCCUCUGGCUCCUCUGGUUCCUCUGGUUCCUCUGGUUCCUCUGGUUCCUCUGGUUCCUCUGGUUCCUCUGGUUCCUCUGGUUCCUCUGGUUCCUCUGGUUCCUCUGGCUCCUCUGGUUCCUCUGGUUCUUCCGGUUCCUCUGGUUCUUCUGGUUCUUCUGGUUCCUCUGGCUCCUCUGGUUCCUCUGGUUCCUCUGGUUCCUCUGGUUCCUCUGGUUCCUCUGGUUCCUCUGGUUCCUCUGGUUCCUCUGGUUCCUCUGGUUCCUCUGGUUCCUCUGGUUCCUCUGGUUCCUCUGGUUCCUCUGGUUCCUCUGGCUCUUCUGGCUCUUCUGGUUCCUCUGGCUCUUCUGGCUCUUCUGGUUCCUCUGGUUCUUCCGGUUCCUCUGGAUCUUCCGGUUCCUCUGGUUCUUCUGGUUCUUCUGGUUCCUCUGGUUCCUCUGGCUCCUCUGGUUCUUCUGGUUCCUCUGGUUCUUCUGGAACCGCUUCUACCCCAGGUUCUGCAUCGUCAGCUGCUUCAGUUGUCGAAGGCGCUGCUUCCACUCAAAAGAGCUCUUUGAUCGGAUUGGUCCUUGCACUUCUGAUGCCAGUGUUGUUAAGCGUCUUCUAA